AUGUCUGGUCGGGCGGCUGUGCGUCGAACAGUUUAUUCAUGUGUCCCAUGUUCAAAAUAUCGGGCCAGCACUCCUAAACCUUUUAUGGCGGACUUACCUGCUUCUCGAGUCACCGCAAAUCGGCCAUUUUAUAACGUGGGUAUGGACUAUGGAGGUCCAUUCAUUGUGAAGGAAAGCCGCCGGCGUGGAGCACGGACUCAAAAGGCGUACUUGGCAUUGUUCAUAUGCAUGGCUGUGAAGGCGGUACACUUAGAGAUCGUAACUGACCUAUCAACGGAAUCAUUCCUCGCGGCUUUGGACCGAUUUACCUCGCGCCGCGGAGUUCCAGCCAAUAUUUACUCGGAUUGUGGCACAAAUUAUGUAGGUGCCGCAAAGCAGAUUAAAACCCUGCUUGAAACGAACAACGCUCGACAAGCUAUAUCUUCUAAGAUUCAGUGCGAAUGGCAUUUUAACCCACCGGCCGCGCCCCAUUUUGGUGGCCUAUGGGAGGCUGCAAUCAAGAGCACUAAAAUCCACUUAAAGAAGGUCGUUGGAACACAAAUAUACACAGUGGAAGAAUUGACAACACUAGCAGUCAGAAUUGAGGGUGUUCUAAAUUCUCGACCACUACAACCGCUGUCGAGCGACCCGAAUGAUUUAGAAGCCCUUACCCCGGGACAUUUUCUGAUUGGACAGCCACUCUUAGCUAUUCCCGAGGAAAAUGUCUUGGAUGUCGCCACCAACCGGCUAAGACGAUGGGAACUGAUUCGUCAGGCGCUCCAGUCAUUUUGGCGUCGUUGGAGCCAUGAAUAUUUACAAACUCUGCAAGGACGAAAAAAGUGGUUUCGACAAGCGGAGAACCUGGCUGUAGGAGACUUAGUAGCAAUUCAUACACCCAAUCAUCCACCGAUGUCGUGGCAACUCGGACGUAUCAUUGAAGUUCAUCCAGGUCCAGACAAUGUCAUCCGCGUCGCAACCAUUCGAACAACCGACGGUAUUCUCAAGCGACCGGUUGUCAAGGUUACCAAGCUACCUGUAUAA